AGAGCAGUCUCCGGACUCUCGUCUCUCCGUGCUUCUUCGCGUUUCGUUGAAUUCAGUUGAAUUGGCGUUACUAUCGAUAGUUAAUGGUACAUGUCAGUUCGCGUCAAAGGUGGGGCAUGGUGCUGGCGUUGAAUCAGCUGAGAAAAAUUAACUAUUAAUUUUCUGACCAAUAUUCGGUAUAAUGGGCGAUAACGAACAGAAAGCCGUUCAGCUGAUGGCUGAUGCGGAAAAAAAGUUGACGUCUUCUAAAGGUUUCUUUGGUUCAUUGUUUGGGGGAUCGUCGAAAGUGGAAGAGGCCGUGGAAUGCUAUCAGCGAGCCGCGAACAUGUUCAAAAUGGCAAAAAAGUGGAGCGCGGCGGGGAAUGCAUUUUGCGAAGCUGCAAACUUGCAUGCAAAAGCAGGCAGCCGGCACGACGCGGCAACCAAUUAUGUGGAUGCGGCGAACUGUUAUAAGAAGUCCGAUCUCAAUGAUGCCGUCGGUUGUCUUUUGAAGGCAAUUGAAAUUUACACAGACAUGGGACGAUUUACAAUGGCUGCAAAAUAUCAUCAGAGUAUAGCAGAAAUUUAUGAAAGCGAAGCGGUCGAUCUAGAACGUGCCGUUCAUCAUUUUGAACAGGCAGCAGAUUAUUUCCGAGGCGAGGAAAGUAACUCUUCUGCAAAUAAAUGUCUUCUAAAAGUUGCACAAUACGCGGCCCAACUUGAAAAUUAUGAUAAAGCCAUUCAGAUAUAUGAGCAGGUUGCUUCUUCGUCUUUAGAUAAUUCACUAUUAAAAUAUAGUGCGAAAGAAUACUUCUUCAGAGCUGCGCUGUGUCAUCUUUGUAUCGAUGUCCUGAAUGCCCAGCAUGCCGUGGAGCGUUAUCAAGAACAAUAUCCUCCAUUUCAAGAUUCUAGAGAAUACAAACUUAUAAUGACUUUGAUAGAUCAUUUGGAGGAACAAAAUUUGGAAGGUUUCACGGAUGCCGUUAAGGAAUAUGAUUCAAUUUCACGACUGGAUCAAUGGUAUACGGCGGUGUUACUCCGUAUAAAGAAACAAAUUAACGACAAUCCAGAUUUACGCUGAUGGGAAUAUCGAUACUCCGGGGGAACACUUUGGUGGUGUAGCUCUUACACACUUGCACUGCUUCUUAUCAUGCAAUACGCUCUUGAUAAACGUAAAUAGACAUAUUCACAUCUUGUAAUGAUACGUUGAAUAAUGCACUUUUUAGAUCUUAAGUUUCAUUGGUUGGAACGUAUUGCCUUAUCUAGUGCAAGCGAGUGCAGGUCAGUAACAAGAGUAUCUUUAUUCGCAAAAAUUAUAUUACCUGUAAGCAGAAACUAGCCGGUAGUUAAAAAUAAAUUGCUGCUCAUCAUCGGUAGUAACCGUAUUUAUGACUUAUCGUUACAAAUAAAUCAACUAUAGCGUUUGUAAGUUAUACGAUACUAAAAUACUUAUCGUUAACGUAUGACUUAUUUCUGAACAUAUGUAAAUGAGCGCUACUUUCGCUACUAGCAGGAAAUCAUUGUAUUUAUGUGUCGCGCUAUUUAUCCGGAUAAUACACCUGUAUAUCUGUUUAAAGUUUAAAAGAUGGAAAUAAUUAAUCGAAGGUUUCAGUUAAGUUAAAAUAAAGUAAGUUUUUCUGUAA